UGACUCUUUACAGUAGAACCCAUGUGGUGUCAGAGGUCUCCUGACCAUCUGUUGUGGCUCUCUAAGGGUUAACUGAGGCUUCAUUUGAAUGAGGAAACAAAGUUCAAUCUCGUCAUGCUGCUCCUCGUCCUGGAAUGUAGAAAAGCUUGAUAAUUCCUUUCUGUGUUGUGUAACAACAAAUGCGUUUUAAGGAGCAGAAUAACUACAGGUUAUUUAUUUCCCCCAUAUAAAACAUGAAAACUGGAAACUUAAUGAAUCAUGGAUGAAAGUGAACAAAGAAACAGAGGACUGUGAAACUGAGCAGGUUUCACAUUUGAGGCUUCAUUUGAACACAGAAACAAAUCUGAAAGUUGUGCUGCUCCUCAUCCUGGAAUGUAGAAAAGCUUGUUAACUCCUCCCUGUGUUGUGUAACGACAAUAGAACUGAGCCUUUGACUGUCACACAGGCUUCGUCUCUGAGAGGUGAAAUGGCGCAGAAAGUUCAGCUGGACCAAAAGAGCAUCUCUUGUUCAAUCUGUCUGGAUCCACUGAAGGAUCCGGUGACUCUUUCCUGUGGACACAGCUACUGCAUGAAGUGUAUUAACAACCACUGGGAUGGAGAGGAUCAGAAGCCGGUCUACAGCUGCCCUCAGUGCAGGAAGAUCUUCAUAACGAGGCCCAACCUGGAGAAAAACAUAAUGUUAGCAGAAUUAGUGGAGCAGCUGAAGAAGACUGGCCUCCAAGCUGCUCCUGUUGACCACCUCUAUGCUGGACCAGAAGAUGUGGCCUGUGAUUUCUGCAGCGGGAGAAAACUGAAAGCCUUCAAGUCCUGUCUGCAGUGUCUGGCCUCGUACUGUGAGCAACACCUCCAGCCUCAUUAUGAUGUGGCUUCAUUUAAGAAACACAAGCUGGUGGAGCCCUCCAAGAAGCUGCAGGAGAACAUCUGCUCUCGUCACGAUGAGGUGAUGAAGAUGUUCUGCCGGACCGAUCUGCAGUCUAUCUGUUAUCUCUGCUCUGUGGAGGAACAUAAAGGCCACGACACGGUCUCAGCUGCAGCAGAAAGGAGUGACAGCCACCGCCUUGAUCACGUGACAGCAGCCGUGUCACGACUCAGAGACAAACUGCAGGACGUUCUUAGAGACGAAUGGACAGACGCCUCACUGACUGAAGUGGAUGUUUUACUGCCGGCAGCAGAGCCAAAGACCAGAGCUGAGUUCUUACAGUAUUCACGUGAAAUCACUCUGGAUCCAAACACAGCACACACACAGUUGUUAUUAUCUGAGGGGAACAGGAAAGUAACAUUAAUGAGACAACAACAGGCUUAUUCUGAUCAUCCAGACAGAUUCACUGAUGUGUGGCAGGCCCUGAAUAGAGAGAGUCUGACUGGACGUUGUUACUGGGAGGUGGAGUGGACAGGUUUAGUUUCUGUAGCAGUCUCAUACAAGAACAUCAGCAGAGAAGGGAGCUCAGAGGACUGCAAGUUUGGAUUUAAUAACAAUUCCUGGACCUUAGGUUGUAACAAUAACAGUUAUACCUUUCGGUACAACAACGUGAAAACUCCUGUCUCAGGUCCUUGGUCCUCCAGAGUGGGAGUGUACCUGGAUCACAGUGCAGGUAUUCUGUCCUUCUACAGCGUCUCUAAAACCAUGACCCUCCUCCACAGAGUCCAGACCACGUUCACUCAGCCGCUCCACGCUGGAGUUCGUUUUUUUGGUAUAUUUGCUUUUGGAAUCUCUGCUGAGGUCUGUGAACUCAAAUAAACAAAAGUGAUGUAAAGAGCAGCAGGUUAAACUCUUCAGAUUUCAAGUAAAAUUUAAAUGUUGUUCGUCUUUCAGACUGGUGGAAAGAGAACAUUUUUCUUUAACUUCACUUUAUUUGCGUCUGUAGAUUUCUCCUAAAUUCACCAAAAGUUAACAUUAGAUAACGCCUCAUUUACAUAUUUAAAAAGAAAACUUCUAACUCAACCAUAAUUGUCUUCAUGAGGUUUCACUGUGAAAUCUGUGAGUUAAA